UUCCAUUUAGUAUGAAACAAAAUGUCUGCGAGUAUUUGGUUAAUGGGUGGAGGUGAACGAGUUAUCGUGCCAGUGAAAUUGUAAAAUAAAAACGAAAAGUUAUUAAAGUAUAUGCUAAAGGCUUCAGUGAAUGUGUUUGCUUAAAAUAUAGAGUUUUUAGUGUGCCACCAGAUAUACAGACAUACCAAAAGAAAAUGCUUAUCUUCUUUGUGCAUUAUUUUCCAACCAAUUGGAAUGACGCUAGCGUAAUGUGUAUAGCCUCUACAGUUUGCGGCAGCGUCCUAGUGCGCGCGUAAAAACAAAAAUACUGUGAAUUGAAAUUCGCAUGUCCUUUUAUUGGUUUUUAUUAAUAACAAAUGUGUCGCAAUACAAAUUAGUGGAGAACGAUAGGAAAGUGAAUGGCAUCGAAGUUCAUCGCAUAUAUAAAUACAUGUAUAUGUAUGUAUAUAUGUACAUAAAUAUUGUGCAUAUAAGCGGACAUGGCUACAUCUGUUGCCGAUCUGAUAAACGUGUGGACAAGUGUGGUGGAUUUAGAUAUGGACAUUUAACAAUUGUUAUUUGUUCUGCUUACCUUGUAAGGAUUUUAUUUAAAAAUUCGCUAAACAUUUUAUUUCCGGCGUUUACUGGACGAUUGUUGCUCUUUACUUCGAAUUUUGAUUAACACUAAUACGUUCGCAACUAGAAUGAAUCUGUGUUUCUACAUACCAGUGUAUUAUUCCGCGUAUGUUUGCUGUAAUCCUUAAAAUGAACAUCACGCUCGAAAAUACGCCACUUACUUGGCGAAUAUGGACAGUCUUUGCUCCAAGGAACUUAUUUCUGAGCAUGUAAAUCCACCACAAGUCGAGAGGAAAAUGAUCACGUGAGCCGAAACACUAUCAUUUCAUUCUAAAGAUCAGAAACUGAGACCUGUUAACGGUGGAAGUGCUUACUGGCUCAAAGUUAGUAAUCACGACCUUUCCGCUUACCUAGUUAAUGGCAUUAGUGGUUUCGAUUAUAUUCGGUGUAAUACUUGGUGUUCCAUAAAUAGUUACACUUCGGCGCUUCGUGUUUCAUUAGUGCGGGGCGCUCAAAGUUGGGACCAAAGUGGCAACUAGAGACUGGUGCGACACGACGGUGACGACAAAACUGCAACAGAAAUUUGUAUUUAUGGAUGCUGGAGGCAUUCCUGUCUUUCAGAGCGCCAGCCAGGCAGCCGCCGCAGCCCAACACCAACAGCAAAAACAACAGCAGCAACAACAACAACAGCGUCAACAACAGCUAACCCUACAACUCCAGCAGCAUCAACACUUACAACACCAUCAACUGCAGCAACAACAGCAGCUACAUCAGCAACAAACGAUUGGAUUGCACCUGCAGCAACAUCAGCAACAACAACUACACAAUGUGCAGCAGCAACAACAGAUACAGGUGCAACAUCACCAGCAACAGUCGAAUGGACAACAACACCAACAGCAGCCACAAUACAACACAGCUCCACCAGGAACAGCGGGCCCAGGAGGCAGAAUUGGCGGCGGCAUUGGCCUUGGCGGCGGCGGAGCUGGCAGCACUGCAGGAGCGACUGGAGCGGCAGCAGCAGCGGUUGGAGGAGCUGGCGGCAUGGGCGGCCUCAUCGGCCCCGGCAACAACGUUAACGGGCCAGCGCUUGGCAGUAACAACAACCAAAUACACAACCAGGGCGGUUGCGGGCCCGAAAUUGUGCCGCCGAAGCGGCAGCAAAUGGUUGAUAGACUUAGGCGCCGCAUCGAGAACUACAGGCGUCGGCAGACGGACUGUGUGCCGCGUUAUGAACAGACAUUUAACACAGUAUGCGAGCAGCAGAAUCAUGAGACGGCGGCAUUGCAGAAGCGUUUCCUUGAGAGUAAAAACAAGCGCGCCGCCAAGAAAGCGGAGAAAAAGCCAACUGAGCCUGCAUCGGCUCCGAUGAUGGCAGGCAAUCUACAAAGCAGUGUUCAUGUGCAGCAGAAAUUUCUAAAACGACCAGCGGACGACAUCGACAAUGGAGGUGAGAACUUCGAGCCACCACAUAAACUACCAAACAACAAUAACAACAACAACAAUAACGGCGGCUCCGAAAAUCUUACGAAAUUCUCAGUGCAUAUUGUGCAAAAAUUAGAGUUCACCACCUCGGCGGCGAAUUCGCAGCCGCAGCAGAUAAGCACAAAUGUUACAGUGAAGGCCCUUACGAACACUUCAGUAAAGAGUGAGCCCGACGUAAGUGGGAACGGCGGAGGUUGCGGGGCAGCGGGUGGUGGUUCCAGCGGUGGUUCUGGUGCUACAAAUGAUCCACAAGGUGGUGGCGGCGGCAUAUCAAAUAAUGGACGUGGAAAUCCUGGCAACGGCGGCGGUGCCAAUGGAGGAAAUAACAUGGGUGGUAACAGCGGAACGAGUGGCGUUGGCAGCAACUUAAUGGGCGGGCACAAUAACUCGAAUACUACAACACAGCAACAGCAAAAAGUGGGCGUGACUGGCGGACUAGGCGGUCUCGCCAAUUUGGUUGAAUGCAAACGUGAGCCAGACCAGGAGUUUCCCGAUUUGGCAGGGCUAGAAAAGGAGUCCGGUCCCAAUGGCAAUUUUCCCGGCUUCCCUGAUCUCAUGGGUGAUGACAUCAUCAACGAUUUGCAAGAUUUUAAUCCGGAUUUGUUUAGCUUCGAUGAGAAGCCACUUUUAGAUAUUAAAACUGAGGAUGGUAUAAAAGUGGAGCCACCAAAUGCACAGGACCUAAUCAAUAGUCUAAAUGUAAAGUCGGAAAAUGCAAUGGCAGAUUUCAACGCUGCGUUCGGUGGUGGCGGCAUCGGCAUGAGCGUUGGUGGCCCAAACAAUGGGCCUAAUGGCGGUGUUGGUGGCCCUAUGAACGGGCCUCCACAACCCGAUCCUCAGACUAUGAACAAAAUGCGGCAGUUUCUGAACGGCCCGGAUGGCGGAUCGAUGAACUCGCUUGCGGCACAAACUUUAAAACAAAUGGCGGAGCAGCAUCAACACAAGAACGCCAUGGGAGGCAUGGGUGGUUUCCCACGACCGCCAAUGCACCAAUCACAGCAAGGGCAAUUAAUGGCUGGAAGUGGACCAAACGGACGAUACAGUGAUUACGGUAGCUUUAGUAACGAUUUUGGGAUGGGACCGAAUGGCCCGCAGCAACAACAACAUCUACCGUCACAGUUUCAGCAAAAGGGUCCUGGAAACGUACCCAUGGGUGGUCCCGGUGCGAACGUCGGCAUGCAGCAACCAUUCCUCGACAUAAAACAGGAGUUAUUCUAUUCUUCACAAAACGACUUCGAUCUCAAACGGCUACAACAGACACAAAUGCACCAACAACAACAUCAACAUCCGCAACCACAAUCGCACGCACAACAGCAACAUCCGCAAGCAGCGCAACACUCGCACGGUUCGAACGGACCGAAAAUGGGACCAGGUGCGGGCGCUGGAAAUUUCCCAAAACCAGGUCAGACUCAAACGCAACAGCAGCAACCAAAUCCUCAACAGCAAUACUCGGCCUAUAACUCACCGAUGACAGGAGCAAACAACCAAAAUCCUACUGGGCAAUCAUUUAUGCAAGGGCCUAAUCGAGCUGCAGGCGGAGUAGGUGGUGUAGGUGUUGGCGUAGGCAUGGGCGGAUGUGGCGGCAGUGCUGGUGCUCCCAAUAUUGGUGCCCAGCAAAUGCCUCAACAGCAACAGCAGACCAAUCCACAACAGCGUAGUGGGCCCCAAAAUGGACCUCCGCCCAACGUCAACAGCGGUCCAAGCGGUAUGGGUGGCGGUCCUAAUGUAGGCGGCCCUUCGGGACAAAACCAUCAAAAUGGUCCGGCUGGAGGAGUUAAUGCAGGUGCUAGUAAUAGCGGUAGCUCACAAGCGGGUCCAAAUAUGCAUCAGCAGCAGCAGCAGUCGACAACUACAACUUUGCAAAUGAAACAAACCCAACAGCUGCAUAUUAGCCAACAAGGCAGUGGACAUGGAAUCCAGGUCUCGACUGGUCAACAUCUCCAUUUGACUGGGGACAUGAAGAGCAAUGUCUCGGUGGCUGCGCAACAGGCCGUGCAAUUUUUCAAUCAGCAGCAACAACAGACCCAUGGGCCAGGAACGCAACAGCAAGGGCAUGGCGCGCAACAGCAACACGGCCAGCAGCAACAGCAAAAUACUCAGAAUCCGCAACAGCAACAACAAUCGCAACAGUCUCAACAGCAACCAAAUCCAAAUAUCAAUCACGGAAAUGGUACCUCAGACGGCUUCUCUAUUUCGCAAACACAAUCAAUGAGCUUCACCCAACAACAGCAGGCACAACAACAACAACAGCAGCAGCAACAGCAGGCACAGCAGCAAGCGCAGCAAAAUCAACAGAUGCCGUCCAACAUGCGCCAGCGCCAGUCGCAAGCUCAGGCCCAAGCAGCGGCAGCCGCAGCUGCAGCCGCUGCCUUGGCGCAGGUAACUUCGACAAAUGUGGGUUCGCCAGUGGGCUCCAACGGGCCUAACAAUAACAAUACUAACGGGACGAACAAUACAGGCGGUGCUAACAAUCUCAUGGGCCAGCAGCAACAGCAGUCGAGCGCUCCGCAGUCAAGCGUGAUUGGUAGUAACGUACACAGUGGUCCGAAUGUGCUUCCACCCGGCAUGAAUGCUAUGGGGCCGAGCGGACCAGGUUCACAGAUAGGCAUGGGAGGCAUGAGUGGACCAAACCAAAUGGGCGGUAUGAUGACAGGCAGCAAUAUGUCACAUCAGAAUGGUCCUAAUGUACCAAACUCAUCUGCGGCUGCUAUGAUGAUGGGUGCUGGUCCCAACGGUGGACCACCAAUGAAUAUAAGUCAAGCAAAGUUCUUGCAGCAACAGCAAAUGAUGCGAGCACAAGCAAUGCAGCAGCAACAGCAACACAUGGGCGGAGCGCGUCCCCCGCCGCCAGAAUACAAGGCGUCGCAGGCGCAGCUUAUGCAAGCACAAAUGAUGCAGCAGACCGUUGGAGGCGGUGGACGAUUUCCGAAUGCAGCAGCCCAAGCAGCGGCGAUGCGAAGAAUGACACAGCAGCCCAUACCACCUUCAGGUCCAAUGAUGCGUCCUCAGCACUCCAUGUACAUGCAGCAUUCGGGUGCGAGCGGUCCGCGAUCAGCCAUGGGUCCCUAUGGCGGUCCGAUGGGGCCACAGCAGCGGCCACCCAACGUACAAGUGACGCCUGACGGCAUGCCAAUCGGAUCGCAACAGGAAUGGCGCCACAUGAUGAUGUCACAGCAGCAACAGAUGGGUUUUGGAGGUGGCCCAGGUGGCCCGAUGCGCCAAGGACCCGGAGGUUUUAGCGCCGGUGGUUUUAUGUCUAACGCUGGCGGAGGUGGUCCCAUGUCAGGUGGAGGCAGCGGUAGCAUGGGCCCCGGUCCGAACCAAGGAAUGCAAUUGAAUCCAGCACAGAUCCAGCAGCAGAUGAUGCGCCAACAACAAGUACAACAACAGCAGCAACUGCAAUCACAGCAACAACAGAUGCUAGCAAACGCUGGAGGUAACGGCGGACCUGGACCUGGCAAUAUGCAGAUGCAACAAAUGCUACACCAACACCAUCAACAGCAAUCAAGUGGCCCUGGUCCGCAUGGACCCGGACCUGGCAGCAUGAUGACCCAAAUGCAAAUGGCGUCGCUACAUAUGUCGCAGUCGCAACAACAAAUCACAAUGCAGCAACAGCAAUUCGUGCAACAAACCUCGUCGACGGCAACAACGCACCAGCAACAUACACAAAUGAUGCAAAUGGCACAAAGUGUGGUAAACAGCAGCUCAGCUUCUGGUGGUAUGGUAGCCGGCCCAGGUGGGAGCGGACCUGGUCCCGGAGGCGGGGUAUUGGGUGGGCAUGGAGCAGGCGGCGUCCUUGGACCUAGUAAUAACAAUAUCGCAAGCAAUAACAUAACGGCGGCUGCGUCAUCUGCGGCCGUAAAUCAAUCUGUUAACGCCCCAGCUCCUUCUAAUACUGCCAAUGCCAUUAAUCAGACUAUAAACUCAGUAGUAGCCAAUUCAAACGAUUUAUGUCUCGAAUUCCUUGACAAUUUACCGGUAGACAGCGGCAACUUCUCUACGCAGGAUUUAAUCAAUUCGCUAGACAAUGACAAUUUUAAUCUGCAAGACAUUCUAUAA